ACGUCUAACAAGCUACUUAUUUACUUGUUUACAUGUAACACGCCUCAAAAUGCGAACCUUCAGUCAGACACAGUCCCUGCCCUGCUCGACGUCAGGGCGACAGACGCCAACUAUCCAAAUGAGGAACACGUAUAGAUCUGUGGUCAAAAGCCACAUCGGGUCACUACGGCGCGCUGCGGCCACGGCGACGGAUUUAGCCUCCACUGCUCCAGCGCCUUCUCCAUCGCAGCUACCUUUGGGAGCAGCGUUGCGCCCUCAGUUUCCAAUCCUUGACCAAGAGGUCAACGGCCGCCCGCUUGUAUACCUAGACAACGCCGCCACCAGCCAAAAACCACGGGCUGUGUUGGACGCGGUUGCGGAGUGCUACAACCGCUACAAUGCCAAUGUCCAUCGCGGCGUGCACGCGCUAAGCGCGCAAGCCACCCAGCAAUACGAAGACGCUCGCUCCAAGGUGGCCACGCUGAUCAACGCGCCCAGCAGCCGUGAGGUGGUGAUCACCCGCAACGCCACGGAAGCGAUCAACCUGGUCGCCAACACCUGGGGCGCGCAGAACAUCAAGCAGGGCGACGAGAUCAUCCUCUCGGUGGCCGAGCACCACGCCAACCUGGUGCCCUGGCAGCUGCUGGCCGCCCGCACCGGCGCAGUGCUGCGCCACGUGCGCCUCACACCCGACCGCACGCAGCUGGACAUGGACCACUUCCGACAGCUCCUCUCGCCGCGCACUCGCCUCGUCUCCCUGGUCCACGUCUCCAACGUCCUAGGCUGCGUGCUGGACGCUGCCUACGUGUCGGAGGCUGCUCGAGCGGUGGGCGCCCGGGUGCUUCUGGACUGCUGCCAGUCGGUGCCCCACAUGCCGGUGGACGUGGGGGCACUGGGCGCGGACUGGAUCGUGGCGUCGUCACAUAAGUUCUGCGGCCCCUCUGGGGUUGGGUUCCUGUGGGGGCGAUACGAGGUGCUGGAGUCCAUGCAGCCCUGGAUGGGCGGCGGGGAGAUGAUCCAGGACGUGUUCCUGGACCACUCAACCUACGCGCCGCCGCCGGCGAGGUUUGAAGCUGGCACGCCCGCAAUCGCGGAGACGAUCGGCAUGGGCGCCGCUGCGGACUGGCUCCGAAACUUGGGCAUGGAUCGAGUGCAUGCAUACGAACAGGAGAUCGGGUCGUACUUGUACGAGCGGUUGGUGGCGGCGUCGCCGAGGGUCAAGGUGUACGGACCGCCGCCGGACGCGCCGCGUGGUCGCGCUUCGCUGGUUGCGUUCAAUGUGGAGGGGCUGCAUGCUACGGAUGUGUCCACGCUGCUGGACUACGCGGGUGUUGCAGUGCGCAGCGGGCACCACUGCGCGCAGCCGCUGCACCGGGAGCUGGGGGUGCCGGCCUCGGCGCGCGCAUCGGCGUACAUCUACAACAGCGCGGCGGAGGUGGAUGCGUUUGUGGAGGCGUUGAAGGACACGAUUGGGUUCUUUGAUGAGGUGCAUGGAGGCGAGGGAGG